CCCCGCCCAAUCCCUCCGACUUGUCUUCCAAUUCAGGGGAAGCCUGACAAGGGGCAAUGGGUGGAGCCAAAGCGGCGUCGACUCGCGAUUCCGGAAGCGACGCUCGUACGUCACGUGGUCACGUGACGGUCCGGCUGCCUUUUGGCGCGAGAACCCGAAAGUUUGCUGAGAAGUUGUGCAGACUAGAUUAGUGGUCGGAGCCCGAAUUGGGGAGGUGCAUGGGCGCUUGCGCAGCUCUCUCCCUUCCUUCCCAACCUCCCCCGCCUCGGCCCGGUCAGUUCCGGGAGCUCCCGUCCGCCCGGGUGCCGGGCAGCAUCUCCGGACCUGGCUGGUGUCAGCUUGAGGGCGGGCGUGGUGGUGACCGCCGUCACAGCCCUUCCCUCUUCCAGUCCUCCCGGCGCUGACCUAAGGAUUGCCAUUUCGGGAGAAACCGGAUUCGUCUCGGACCUUUCGCCGCCUCAGUUUGCCUAUCCUUACAAUGGGAAGAUUGGCCCACCGCGUAGCGGCCCCUCUGUUGGGUACUAACACUCGCUGAUAACCUCCCCCUCCUUUCUCCAGGCAUUCCUUAUAACCCUCCAUUUUGCAGGCUUCUUUAACAGACUAAUGUUUCCGGGAGCAAGAAAAUGCCAUCCUUUUUUGACGUUUUUAAGACACAGUGCAGCGAAUCAGAUUUAGGGCCAAUAAGCCUUAACUGGUUUGAAGAACUUACUUCAGAAGCUCCACCCCAUAAUUAUGAAAUUUCAGAAGACCAUGGAAGUAAAACUGAAAUUAUUGAGCUGAAUUCUUUUAAAACACCACAGCGAAAACCUUUUACUUACAAUCAGCUGGCAUCAACACCAUUAAUCUUCAAAGAACAGAAUGUAAAUUUUUCCUUAUAUUCCUCUCCUUUAAGAGGACCAGAUCAUUGUAAAUUAGACUUAGGUAAGGAUAAUGCAGUUGAUAAAGAACUCAGGAAAAGUCAUUGCUUAAUAAAGACCAAAUUAGGUCAAGCAAAUGAUGCUACCAGUCCACUUCUCAGUGCUUGUCUCAGUGAAAGUCCAGUCGUUUUACGAGGCACAUACAGAACUCCACAGAGGGAAAAGCCUGUGGCAUAUGGAAAUUUAUUUUAUACUCCUAAACUAAUGAAGGUUAAUACAUCAAAACAUAUUUCUGAAAGUCUGGGAGCAGAAGUGGAUCCAGAUAUGUCUUGGACUAGUUCUUUGGCCACUCCUCCCACCCUCAGUUCAACUGUGUUAAUAGUCAGAGAUGGUCAGACUUCUGGAGCUAGGACCCCUAAUGAUACUACAAUUAUGUUGCAAAAAUCUUUAUCUCAGCAUGGUGAAAGUCCUAAGAGACUUGAUAGGACCACCUCUUCUGUACCAAAUAUUGAAAAUACACAUGCAGAAAGCUCUGUCACAAGCCAGGAACUGGAAAAAAUGAUAAAUGAUUCAUUUGGUGAUGGAAAUAGCUUUGAAGACCUUGAUGGAAAGAUGAUGAAAAAUAUACCAAAUGUUAUGGAAGAUGAAAUGUGUGGUCCAGUCAUUGAUACACCUGACGAUGAUGCUUCAUAUAGUUUUCCUGAUUAUAAAAUAGGAAGUCUACGAAAAGUAAAACUUGACAAGACCAGGAAAAAAUAUUUUAAAAUGAAAACUAAUGAAUGUGAAGAAACUGAAAGAUUAAAUAAGGAUAGGUAUUCAAAUAUUUCUGAAACUGAACUAGAAUACUGUUAUCCAUCUAUUUCAAAAGUUACAAAAAAUGAAAUUCAGAAGCCCAUUGAGAAUAUUAAUGAAGAAUUGUUGAAGGAUGAUGUUCCAUCCUCAGCAACAGAGUGGUCUCAACUAAAUCUUUCUGGUCUAAAUGUAACACAGAUAGAGAAAACACCACUGCCACAUCUUUCUUUUUGUGACGAAGAUUCAAGAGAAAGAUCAGCAAAUUCAAACAGUGAAUGUUCCAACCUCAUUACUUUAAAAAAAUUGGAAAUAUCAACUUGUGAGGAAGAUGAAGGGAAAAUUACCAUACCUCAGAAAGAAACUGUUCUAUUAUUAAAAAAGUCAUCCCCUGAAAUUUCUCCAUUGAAAUCUUUAUCUCAAAAUAGAAAAAGUUCCACAUUCGAGAUGGGACAAACAUCUGAAAAAACGAUCAGCGUGGAUUAUUCUUCCUUUUGCACAGUCAACACAAACAUUACUACAGAAUCUAAAAUUCUUGGAAAUAAACUGGAAAAUCCCAACUCUUCUGUAAAUGAUAUUGUUUGUUCUGGAGAGCAUAGUUUCUUAUAUCCAAAUACAGAUGAUAAAAGACACUGUCCAACAAUUACCAAAUGUAAUUCAUCAUCUUUGAACAGUAUAGGUAUAAUAUCUCAUUUUAAAAAGAAGACAAAAAAGUUUAUUUAUGUGGUGAAUGAUGAUUCAUCUUGUCAAGAUGAAAAUAUACAAAAAUCUCAAGAAAUAGAUUCAAUGAACUGUUCUGAAUCAUCCCAUUUAGAAAUGAGUUCUUCUGGUAUGCAUCCUGAAUUCACAGAUGCUGUUUCAGAUUUUUUGGAUUCCUCUGUCAAAAGAAAGUGUUUACAGUUUAAUCCUGAAGAAGAGACCGUCUCCUUAACUGGUUGUGACAAAACGGUGCUGGAAGAAUAUUUUAAUGAAAGCAGUUUUCCUCAAAAUGAAGUAACAUCUCAGGGUGUAGAUUUUAAAGAAGUAAAAAUAAAGAAAGGGGAUCUAGAGUCAACUGUAACAGAAGCUGAAAAAAAAGACCACAACAAUGCUUCAAAAAAUCCAAUAGUUUCAAAUAUAAAAGAACGAGCCUUGGCAAAAAAAUAUACAGAAAUAGAAUUGGGGAAUAUUGGACAGAAUAUUCACCUAACAACAAAAAAUAGAACUUUAAAUGGCUCCACUAAUUCCAUUAUUAAUACUUUAACUCAACUUCCUCAGGAUCCACCAGAAUUUUCUGUUGUGACUGAUGAAGAAAAGGAACCUUUAUGUAAAAUGAAACAAAAACUAAGGUUUAGGAGAAACUCUGAUUCAACUUUUGUCACAAAUAAAGUUAAUUCUGAAUUUCCUAACAGCCACUUUAAGAAGAAUCAAGAAACUGACAUUUUAAAUCAAAUUUCAGGAGAAUCUCAACAAAUGUCAUCUGAAAAAUGCAAAGAAAUAUCAUCAAUUUCCUUGGGGACACAGGUCAAUAGAAAUACUGACCUCUUUGUAAGCCUGAGAGAUCAAGAAAAAACUAUCCUGCUUACAGGAAAAACAGCUUUAGAAACAUAUCCCAAGGAACAUUUGCCUUUGAAUAAAAGUAAUUUCCUUUUUCAAACAACGGAAAAAAAACACAUGCAGAUUAUGGACAGUUCUGAAGAACUUGAAACUAAUUUCUGUUAUUUAGGAGAGCCUAUUUCUGAGAAAUCUACAGAAAUAGAUUGUAAACAGACAGUUCAAGAGUUGUGCACAGAGGACUCUUUUUUAUUAAAGGUGAUUCCUGAAUUUACAGGGGACAGCCAAAAUAAAAACCAAUCUCCAAAAUUGGCUUAUGAAUAUACAGCACCAUGUAAAAAUCUUUAUUCAAAAAGGACUAUUGAUGCUAAUGUGAAAUCAAAGACAAAUGAAGAUAAUUAUUUGGGAAAAUGGACAGGAAAUUUUGAUCCUGACUUAAAUAAGAAUUUUGGUAGUGGAUUCAAAACAGCUUCCAAUAAGGAAAUAAUACUCUCUGAUAACAAUAUUAAUAAAGGGAAACUUUUUUUCAAAGAUAUUGAACAGCACGAUAACAAUUGCUCUUCUGUAGAAAUCAUGAAUACUUCAGUAGCAGAAAAUGUCAAGAUUGAUUUAGAUACUAAAAACCACAUUAAGAAUUCUACCUCAGGUUGGAAUUCAGAGGCAAGCCAUGCUAUAUCUAAGGAUAUACAGGAUAACAUAUUUGUUAUUAAUAAGAAAGAUACCAAUGUAACUCUGGAAAAUUUAGCUUUAAAAAAAGAUCUUGAUCUUAAUCAUAGUUUAACAGCUAGCCAAAAAGCAGAAAUUACAGAGCUUUCCACAAUAUUAGAAGAAACUGGAAGCCAGUUUGAAUUUACACAGUUCAAAAAACAAAGUCCUACAAUACAGAUACUUGAAAUAUCUACCAACAAAACAGGAAAUCAAUUAGAUAACUUAAAUACUUAUGACGUCCAGCGCACUUUUGAACUUGAUGGAUAUUUUGGAGCAAAAAAUGAGAUAAGUAAUAGCAGAACUCCUGAUUUAAAUGUGAACUCUGAAAUGGUAAUAAAUAUACAGCAAGAAACUGCUUCUCUCUCUAGACAAGUCAACUCUACUGAUACUUUCACUGAAAAUGAAAUGGAGUUUAAAGGGUUUUGUUCUGCUCUUGGAAGAAAGAUGACUGUUUCUAAUGAAGCUUUACAAAAAGCUCUUAAAUUAUUUAGUGAUAUUGAGGAAAUUGGUGAGGAAGUGCCUCUGCAAAAUUUUAGGAACAGUUCCUUAGAAAGAAGUCAUAAGUCUAAUAUUGUUCCUACAUUCAAAAUUGCAAAUCAUAAUAAUAAUGAAGAUUUUAAAGGGAAAGAGGCUAAAUGUGUACCCAAACCACAAAACAACAUUGAGGAUUAUACUGACAUUUUUGUUGAGGAAAAGGUAGUAAAUUCCAGUAGAGACCCAGAAAAUAUAAAGAGUAGUUGUCCAUUAUCUAUUAGUUCACAUGAAGAUAAUUGUACAUUUAAAAGAUCUGUUCCUAAUUCAAAUAAUGGUUUGUCAUUGAAUGGCCAACAAAAUAUACAUCUGAAAAUGUCUAACCAACUUAUGAAACAAGAAAAUUACCAAAUUAAAGAAGAAUUGUUAGAUUUAACUUGCUUGGGAGAAACUGUUAAAGAUGAAGAAAUGUUUACUUUGAAUAUAAGCCAAGUGGAACAGUUGAUUUCUAAUCAAAAGAAGCAAAAAAUUAGGGAAAAUGAAAGCCUCCAUGACUUACAGCAUUUUCAGACUGCUAGUGGUAGAAAUAUUAUGGUCUCUAAGGAAUCUUUCAAUAAAGUUGCACACCUGUUUGCCAAGGAAUGCUCAGUAGAAGAAUUAAAUGAUUUUUCAUUUCCUUCUAUUUCAAAAAUGCCAAAUGUUGCCCAUAAUAAACUAACAGAACCUUCAGUAAAAGAGGAACAAAACUUACUUGAAAGUGAAACAGAAGAAAUGCCUUUUGGUAUCACUAAAAAUCAAUUGCUGUCUAUCCAACAGGAACCAAAAAUUGAAAACAAAAAAUGUAAAGACCAUAGUAUGGUGGGUUUUCAUACUGCUAGUGGGAAAAAGGUUACAAUUUCAAAGGAAUCUUUGGCUAAAGUAAAGCACUUUUUUGUUGAGGAAAAUUUGAAAAAUGAUGUUACUAACAUUAAGAAUAUUGAGACAGAAUUUUUUCAGGAAAGAGAAAAAGCUAAUGAUGGGCAAGCUUGUGAGAUGGUUGAGUUAAAUAAUGCCCAAGUUUGGGAAGAAAUGCCAAGUUACCAGAAUGAUGAUAAAAAAAUCCUUGUUCCUUUUACAACUGCAGAUCUGUCUAAAAAACUUGAUAGUGCUCUCUCUAAUGAAUCUUCAAAUGAUAUUUUAUUUGAAAGAAAAUUAUCUGAAAAUAAGAAAAGUAAAGAAAAUUGUUUGUUGUCUGAUACAAAAAAGUCUACUGGUUUGCCUGUUGAAAUUUCAGGUUUGGGAUUUUACACAGGACAUGGUAAACGUAUUUCUGUAAGUGAGACAUCAUUAUUGGAAGCAAGAAAAUGGCUUAGAGAUAGAGAUUUACAAGAUGUAGGAGGAAAAACUGAAGCUUCAGAUAUGUUUGUUUCUUCUGUUGAUGAGGCCAUAUAUUUAAAAGGAGACCCCGAUGUCCAAAAGGAGAAGCUUGUGCCUUUAAAUGCUUUGUAUAAGACAUCGUCAGUUGAAGAUGACAAAAAUUGUAUCUCUGAGGAGCAAGAUUCAGUUAAUUUAAGUAAUAAUGUAUCAGACAUUAAACAUGAUUUAAAACAUGACCCUAAAAGGUCUGGUUUUUAUCAAUCAGAUAAUGCAGAUUUCUUCCUAGAACAUAUCUCUGAUAAAGGAAUGUCGUAUCUUAAGGCAAGACCACCUACGUUCACUACAGCAAGUGGCAAGACAGUUCACAUUUCAAAUGAAGCAGUACAGAAAGCAAGAGAAAUGUUUAUAAAUGAUUGUGAUAAGGUCCUUAAACCAAACAUUGAGACAAAAUUAGAAAAUAAUGAAAUGGAAGUGGUAAAAUAUUUUUCUGAGACAUUGGGAAAUAAAAAAGACAUUUCUCUUAAGUUUGAUGCCAAGAAAAGGAAUAUAUCUACAACUGAUAUUUUUAUUUCAAAUACAAAAUGCAGUAAUCUAGCACAACUUGAAAGUAUGUCUACAAGUACUGGAUUAGAAGUGAACUCUGAACUGUCACAUCAUAAAAUAAAUUCCCAAACUUCUGAUUUGUCUAAAUCUAUGGGAAGAAUGCCCAAGUGUAGCUCAUCUGUUGGGAUUUUUUGUACAGCAAAUGGCAAACCUGUACAAGUAUCAGAUAAUUCAUUAAAGAAAGCGAGACAAGUAUUUUCUGAAAUAGAAAGUAAUUCUGAGCAAUUACUUUCAAUGGUACCCUUUAAAAAUAGUGAAAGCCAUAUGGAAACAUUAACCAAAGAAGAAAACACAACACUACAUGCAAAAACUAACCUACUAUCACAAAAGAAAGAUUAUUUAAGUGAUAUGGUAAAUUCACAUAACAACUCUGGAUUUAGUACAGCAAGCGGAAAACAGGUUUUAAUCUCAGAAAAUGCACUAAAGAAAGUUAAAAAUAUGUUGGUAGAAUUUGAUUUAAUGAAAAAUGAAAGUUUAGAGCAGUUACCUGAAUUUACACAAAAUGUUACACCAAAAGUUUUGUCUCCUAUCCAUUGUAUUGAUGGUAGUAAAAACCCAGAAAAUGUUGUAAAUUCCAAAAAUGAAGAAACUUGUAAUAAAGAGUUUAAUUUAUCAAAUAAUUGUGAUGUUGAAACAAAUUAUUUGGAAAAUUGUACCAUUACUAAAGUUUCUUGUAAUCAAUUUAAGCAAGAUGAGAUGCAGACACCUUUAGAAACCAAUUUGAUGCCUGAUCAAGAUUUUUCAUUUUUGAAAAAAAAGCAAGGUGGCCCUAAAAAUGUGAAUAUAGAAGGGGAUGUAACUUUAAAUGAUUUUCUUGUCAAAGAAAGCCUACAAGUGUGUGUUUCUGACUCCAAAGCCCCAGAAAAUUUUCUUGAAAGAGAAGCUAUGGAAAUUGCCAAUGCUUUUAUGCAAGAUGAUGAACUCACAGAUUCUGAAUUGCCUCAUAAUGCUAGACAGAACUUUAUUACUUAUAAAAACAAAGAAAAAUGCAUGCAGCUAAAUUCAAGAUUUGGGAAAAGAAGAAUGGAAAAGGGUGCCUCGUAUGGAGAGCCCCCAAUUAAAAGAAAAUUAUUACAUGAAUUUGACAGAGUGGUGGAAAAUCAAGAAAAAUCUUUAAAACCUUCAAAAAGCAGUCCAGAUGGCACAAUGAAAGAUAGGCGAAUGUUUAUGCACCAUAUUCCCUUAAAGCCGCUUAUUUGUGAUCCCUUUAGCACAACUAAGGAACGACAAGAAAUGCGGCAUCCCAAUUUUACUGCACCUGAUCAAGGAUUUACAUCCAAAUCUCCUUUUUUUAAACGCCAGACUUUGGGAAAUUCCAGCUAUAAGUCAUUUUUGGGAAGUCCAUUAUAUAAAAUUUUCUCUACAAAUGAUGGAAAGAUACAACCUAAUACUGUUGUAAACAAGCCUUCCAAAGUCUUUGUUCCGCCUUUCAAAACUAAGUCAAACUCUUUCACAGAUGAACAGUAUGUCAGUAAGAGACUUAAAUUGAAGGUAAAGGAUCACAUACAAGAAAACGAGAAGCAAAAAUAUAUAGAUGGACAUAAUACUAGAGACAGUGAAAAUAAUGAAAAUUAUCUUACUGACAAAGAUAACUACAAUCAAGCAACAACUGAUGUUUUUGAAGAGUUUGGGGACUCAACUCUAGAGAUGAAUAAAAAUCUUCAGAAUGCCAGAGAGUUGCAAGAUAUGAGAAUUAAAAAGAAACAGACACAACAGAUUUAUCCACAGGCAGGCAGUUUGUAUCUUACAAAAACAUCUACCAUUCCUAGAAUAUCUCUCAAAGUAGCAGUAGAAGGCAGAGUUCCCUCUACUUAUUCCAGUAAACAGUUGUAUAUGUAUGGGGUUUCAAAACAGUGCUCAAGAAUUAACAGCAAAAAUGCAGAGUCUUUCCAAUUUCACAGUCAAGAUUACUUUAGUAAGGAGUAUUUAUUGGAUGGAAAUGGAAUACAACUGGCUGACGGUGGGUGGCUUAUCCCAACUGAUGAAGGAAAGCUUGGAAAAGAAGAAUUUUAUAGGGCUCUAUGUGAUACUCCUGGUGUUGAUCCAAAACUUAUUACUAAAACCUGGGUAUAUAACCACUAUAGAUGGAUUAUAUGGAAACUAGCAGCCAUGGAAUUUACCUUUCCUAAGGAAUUUGCUAGUAGGUGCUUAACUCCAGAACGGGUGCUUCUCCAACUGAAAUAUAGAUAUGACAUAGAAAUUGAUAAGAGCAGAAGAUCAGCUAUUAAAAAGAUAAUGGAAAGAGAUGAAACAGCUGCAAAAACAUUAGUGCUUUGUGUUUCUGAAAUAAUUUCAUCAGGAACAAAUAUGUCUAUAGCUGCCAACAAUAAAAACAGUAAGGUGGACACCAAAAAAGAAUCAGCAGUUAUAGAAGUUACAGAUGGAUGGUAUGCAAUUAAGGCACUGUUGGACAUUCCCCUCUUAGCUCUGUUACACAGGGGCAAAUUGACUGUUGGUCAGAAGAUUAUAACUCACGGAGCAGAACUGAUAGGCUCUCAGGAGGCAUGCACACCUUUUGAAGCUCCGCCAUCUCUUAUGUUAAAGCUUUCAGCUAAUAGCACUCGUCCUGCUUGUUGGUAUACCAAACUGGGCUUCUUUUCAGAUCCCAGACCUUUUCCAUUGCCCUUAUCAUCACUCUUUAGUGAAGGCGGAAGUGUUGGCUGUGUGGAUAUAGUUGUUCAAAGAGUUUAUCCUACCCAGUGGAUGGAGAAAACAUUAUCUGGAUUAUAUAUAUUUCGUAAUGAACGAGCAGAAGAAAAGGAAGCUUUAAAGCAUGCAGAAUGUCAGCAGAAGAAACUGGAAGCCUUACUUACAAAAAUUCAAGCAGAAUUUGAAAAACAUGAAGAAAACAGUGCAACACAGCAUGGGCUGUCACGUAUUCUAACAAGACAGCAGGUUCGUGCUUUGCAGGAUGGUGCAGACCUUUAUGAAGCAGUUAAAAACGCACCAGAUCCAGCUUACAUUGAGGGCUGUUUCAGCAAAGAGCAGUUAAGAGCUUUGAAUAAUCACAGGCAGAUGUUGAAUGAUAAAAAGCAAGCACAGUUACAGUCAGAAUUCAGAAAGGCUGUAGCAGCUGCUGAAAUGGAGGAACAAGGAUUGUCCAAAAGAGAUGUGACUAUGGUUUGGAAGUUACGAGUCAUUAACUAUGGGAAACAAGAGAAAGAUUCAGUUAUAUUGAGCAUCUGGCGUCCAUUAUCAGAUAUAUAUUCUCUACUAAAGGAGGGAAAUCGAUACAGAAUCUAUCACUUGGCAGCAUCACCAUCUAAAAGCAAAUCUGAUAGCACUCAUAUCCGAUUAACAGCAACCAAGAAAACUCAAUAUCAACAGCUGCCGGUCUCUCAUGAAACACUGUUCCAAGUUUAUCAACCAAGGGAAGCAUUGCCAUUGAGCAAGUUGGUGGAUCCAUCCUUUCAACCAUCUUUUGCUGAAGUAGACAUAGUAGGAUUUGUAAUUUUCAUCACCAAAAAACCAGGUAUUGCACCUUUGGUGUACUUGUCAGAUGAAUAUUAUAAUGUACUAGCAAUAAAGUUCUGGAUAGACCUUAAUGAAGAUGUUAUUAAACUGAAUACACUGAUAGCUGCAAGCAACCUUCAGUGGAGAACAGAAUCCAGAUCAGGAAUUCCUACCUUAUUUGCUGGAGAAUUUUCUUCAUUUUCUGCCAGUCCAAAGGAAAGUCAUUUUCAAGAGGCAUUCAGCAAAUUGAAAAGUUCUGUUGAGAAUAUUGACCUGUUUUGCAAUGAUGCAGAAAGUAAACUUACUCAUCUGCACAACAUACAUAAUUCCAAACAACCAAAUACAGUCAAGGAAUAUAAUUUAGAUUCACCAUCUCCUCAAGCAAAACUUGGCCUGGAGCAUGUGAUAACCACUUCUCAUAGCGAACCAAGUCAUCUCUGUCCUGAAGGGAAUUCUGGUCUUACCACUAGCUCAGACAAAAUAACCCCAACAUCAGAUUGUAGAGGAAACAGAAAAAUGGAUGACCCCAAAAUCUGCAAAAAGAGAAGAUCGUUGGAUUUCUUCAGUAGACUGCCUUUACCUCCACCAAUUAGCCCAAUUUGUACUUUUGUUUCUCCAGCUGCACAGAAAGCAUUUCAGCCACCACGGAGCUGUGGCAACAACUACAGCAGCAAACCCAAUAAGAAAAAUACAUUGAAUUCUCCUCCAAUGACAACAUUAAAAACAUUAAGUGGAACAAAUAUGGUGGAAAAUGAUUUGAUUGCAGAUGAAGAAUUGGCAUUGAUAAAUACACAAGCCCUUUUGUCUAAUUCAUCUGAAUAAAAUUAAGUAAAUUACUAAAAAUUCAUAGAUCCACCAGCAGACAACUGUCCUAAAAUUAAUAGACAUGGGAAAUAUUUCUUAAACCAUUAUUGAAGAAAUUAAGAUUGCUAAGUAAAAUGAAAUGUUUUAUCAGGAAAGCUCAAAGUGACAAAAAACAAAAGAGACAAGAAGCAAUAUCACAUCCUUUAUUUCCGAUUCUAUUUUGUAAAGACUUGUAUAAUUUGUACUUGUAUAUAUGUAUUUAAAAAAAUUGUAAAUAUAAUAACGUGAAAUGGGAGGAAAUUGUCUUAUUUUCAAGAUUCUAUAAGUAUUCAUGAGGAUGUAUGUAUGUAAUGUAUUUAAUGGGGAAACAUGCUUUAAAUUAAAAUAGUUGUAUUUUUUCCACUGUU